UUCCGUUUCUUUUUCCGCUAAUACCUGCUCUCUCUCUCUCUCUUUCUCUCUCUCUCUCAUACAUACACACACAGAGGCAGGCAUUCUGGUUCUUUCUCUUUUCCCUGUUUGAAGAUCACAGUUUGGAUCUUUUUUGUCAAGGCUAGCAAUGCAAUGUUUGAAUGCAGAUGAUUGAUCAAACACCUUUUAGUACUUACUAACCAGCUGAAACCAUGACCAUUAGGAUUAUCAGAUCCUUUUUCACGUCAUUUUCCAAUCCCGCUACUCUAAUUCCAAAUCCAAGUCGCCGCUAUUUUUGCACUAACCCAACAGUUGCAAAACGGAUAUCCCAAUAUCAAUAUCCUCUACAAUUCCAAGAAAGUUCCCCCCAAAGAAAUCUCAUUGCGGUGUCUAGUCUUCUUAAAAGAUAUGGUUUUCCAGCUCUAGAACUUACGAAUUUUCUCGAGAAGAAUUGUCGUUUACUAAAUCUAAACCCCAUCAAAAUAGAAAAAUCUCUAAAGAUUCUAUUAUCCUUGAAACCAUCUCAAGAAUUCCUUGUGUCCGUGAUAAAUAGUUGCCCCAGGGUUCUAGAAUAUGAUGCUAUAAAGAAAUGGGAAGGAGGCAUCCAAGGAUUAGAAGAGGGAUCCAAUUUAUCCUCCUUGGCUGUGCGGAAUAUUCUGGAGGUCUCGGUGAAGUUUGAACUAGAUUAUGAUUGUGUUUUGGGGUCUCUGAGAUGCCUCAAAGAUUUAGGGGUUAGUGAUAUUACUGUAAAUAAGGUUUUGGAGACACAUCCCAUGGUAACUAUGAUGGCUGCAGACAAGAUUCAUGACUGUUUUGAAUUCGUCGUUGAUGCCUUUAGGAUUGACAAGGUUGGAUUUGAUCGCAUUCUCUGCGUCUAUCCAGGUGUUUUGGCCUUUGGGAUUCAAAAUAAGUUUAAGCGAUUGCUUGAUGAAUUUAAAGUUCUGGGCUUUAACAUGGAGGUGAUCAAGAAACAUGUCCUAAGAGAUCCUAGAAUUCUUGCAUUGGAAGUUGGGGAAUUAUCGCGGUGUUUGGAGCUGCUUAAGAGUUUGAAAUGUAGGGAAUCUAUUAAGGAGGAUAUUUUUCAUGAGGGAGCUUUUAAGGCUGGGUACGAGGUGAAACUAAGGGUUGAUUGCUUACGCAGUCAUGGGUUAAACUUAAGGGACGCUUAUGCUGUGGUAUGGAAAGAGCCCAGAGUGAUACUUUAUUGUGUAGAGGAUGUUGAGAAGAAGAUUCAGUUUUUAGUGCACGUGAUGAAAGUUGAUAUUCAAUGUCUUGUUGACGUUCCAGAGUACCUGGGGGUGAAUUUUGAGAAACAUAUUCUACCAAGAUUCGAGGUAAUUGACAAUUUAAGAUCAAUAGGUGGACUUGGUGAUGAGGUGGGAUUGAGGGAGUUGAUUAAACCUAGUAGAAUGAAAUUUUAUAACUUAUAUGUCAAGCCUUAUCCAGAGUGUGAAACAAUAUAUGGAAGAUUUGCAAGAAAUGCUGAAGUGAGAAGUCAACAUCCAGUGGGAAUGUGGAAGCUUUUCAAACCACAAAAUAAUCCAAAGUCCAAAGAAGAUAUUAUGAACAUUAAGUCGUAUAUGGAUUCGUUGGCGUGAGUUCUGGAUCCUUCCUCUAAAUUCUACCUGAAAAUAGAUCUAUGUAGCAUUCUCUUGGAAGAUCCUUUUCUAAGUCUUUGCCGCAGCUGAAAGAGGGAUCAAGAUGUGCAUGAUAUAAUGUUUGCUUGUUAGACCCUUCGGGGUUGCCCAGUUGGUUUGGAGGGCUGGAUGACUUGGGAUCGAGUCCCCCUCAAUGCCUUCUGGGUUGAGCUUGUCGCACAUAGCUUGCCUAGUGCGGAUUACCUCCCCUGUGUGGUUUACAGGCUAUUACACAGGGGGAGGUUUACCCAGUGCACACCAAGUGUAGCGGCUGCGGGUUUCCCUCUUAACAAAAAAAAAAAUAAUGUUUGCUUGUUUUGGCUGGGUGAAUAUCAGUUGAACAUCAAGCUGGAAGUUGGGAAUGGUGCUAAGAUCAAAUUCUGGGAUGAUAAUUGGCUGCAUUCAGAGAAACUUAAAGUUAAUUUCGCCGUUCUUUAUUGCACCACAGUGAACAAGAAUUGCUUUGUCGCUAAUUGUUACAAUGAAACAGGGUAGCAGCUAUAGUUCAGCAGGAAUUUCAACGACUGGGAAAUUUCAACGAUAGAAGACUAAAGCACCAACAGAAGUUGUGCUUGUGUUGGAUGGGUGGCUUCAAGAAAUGCAUACUUAACACAAGAUUUUCUUCAGAAGAGAGGCUUUGUAAAGUGCAGCUGGUGUUUCUUGUGUGAAAAAGGCUGUAGAGUCGACCGAUCCAUUUAUUACUUCAUCGUGAAUUUUCUUGGCAGGUUUGAUCAGUAAUUUUAUGUCUGUUUGGGGUGCAAUGGUCAUGCCAAUGUACAGGGUCUACUCUUAAGUUGGCAAGCACAGUUGGCUGGGAAUAUGAAAAGAUUUGGAGAACAGCCCCUAUAUGCAUUAUGUGGAACAUUUGGCUACAGAGAAAUAGAAGAUGUUCUGAUGAGGGCAUAGGAUUCAUCUGUGUUGUUAUAAUAGAUACUAGGAUUUAUUUAAUGUAAAUACAUUGUUUUCUUCAUUGUGUUUAUUAUAUACAGUAUAUAGUUUAAAUUUUAGAAUUGAGACGCAGUAGAAUGUUGUAUGUAUAAUGUUAACUUAAAUAUAGUGUUAUAUAUGUA